GGACUCUCUCCCCUCAGCCGGUUCCCCACGCCGAGGUUCAACAAUCUUCGUCACCAUAAAGUUCAAUUUUACUCCGAAUUUAUUUUCACAUUGAUUUCGGUUCCCCCCAACCCUCUCUCUGCGCUUUAGUGGCCAUGGCGAUCGAGCUACUUCACUCGUCGCGCGCUUUCUCUUAUGCUUUCUCUGCUUCUCGUCGUCCACUUUUGAAGGCGUCACUGGCCUUUGCCUUUGCUCUCCGUCUCUUCUUCUCGCAUCGAUGAACGAAUGCGUGUCACGGAUUUCCGUACUGUUUGCUCAGGACUUUUGAUCUUUUGAGUUCAUUCCCAACUCAUGGCCUUCAAAUCUAUUGGGCGUCUUUUGGAUUUUUUUGGCUGCUAAUUAAAGCAUGUGUGCUGGUCCGGAGCAUUUAAAUCUCCAACUGGCUCCGCCUCCUUCCUCAGAAAGCAGAUCUUUGACUAAAGCUAUGAAUAAUCCAAUCGGAACAGUUAAGUCUGAGCUUUCUUUCUCCAUUUUGCUUGAGCUUGCAGCAGAUAAUGACGUAGAGGGUUUCAAGAAAUCUAUCUGUAAUGAUUCUGUGAUCACCGAGACUGGACUAUGGUAUGGUCGUCAGGAGUUUUUAAAGAGCAUGGUUCUUGAGCAUAGAACCCCAUUAAUGGUCGCUGCUAAAUAUGGUAGUGUUGAUGUUGUAAAAUUAAUUCUUGCUCUUCCCGAAGCAGAUGUAAAUCUCUCCAGCAGGGCAGAUAAAAGCACUGCACUUCACUGUGCUGCUUCUGGUGGAUCUGUUGGUGCCGUGGUUGUUGUGAAGUUGCUUUUAUGUGCUGGUGCUGAGCCUAAUGUUACUGAUGCCUACGGGCGUCGGCCAUGUGAUGUUAUUGUUGCUCCACCGAAGCUAUCCAAUUUGAAGUUUGCCCUUGAAGAGCUUUUAAGAAAUGAUUAUCCUGCUUGUCAGGAGGAUCCACAUGUUUCUACUGUUGAUUUGAGAUCCGAUUCUACACCCCUCCCGGCAUCCCCAGAAAAGGGUUCCAUCUUUGUCUCAAAUUCCAUAUUGUCUCCUGUAAAUUGUAAGCCUAAUGGCGCAAAUGUCGGUUCUUUGCCAGAGAAGAAAGAAUACCCGAUUGACCCAUCUCUUCCUGACCUCAAGAGUAGCAUUUAUGCUACUGAUGAGUUUCGAAUGUUCUCGUUCAAAAUCCGACCUUGUUCUCGAGCUUAUUCCCAUGAUUGGACUGAGUGUCCUUUUGUUCAUCCAGGUGAGAAUGCCAGGAGAAGAGACCCGAAGAAGUAUCAUUACAGUUGUGUGCCAUGUCCAGAGUUUCGAAAGGGAACUUGUAGACGAGGAGAUUUGUGCGAAUACGCUCAUGGGGUGUUUGAGUGUUGGCUGCACCCAGCACAAUAUAGAACUCGGCUUUGCAAGGAUGGCAUGAGCUGCAUGCGAAGGGUUUGCUUCUUCGCCCACAAGCAUGAGGAACUGCGACUGCUCUAUGCAUCUUCUGGAUCUGCACUACCUUCUCCUCGAUCAGCUACCUCUGCUGCCACUGUCAUGGAUAUGGCAGCAGCCUUGAACAUGUUUCCUAGCUCCCCCUCAGUGGGGUCUGCCAUGUCACUUUCUCCUUUUUCUCCGUCUCUGUCUCCUUCUGGUAAUGGUGUUUCACAAAUGUCCAUGGCCUGGCCCCAGCAGAACAUCCCCACCUUGCAUCUUCCAGGCAGCAAUCUGCAAAUGAGUCGCCUGAGAUCUUCUCUCAAUGCAAGAGACAUCUCAGCAGAGUUAAGGUUUUCGCAGGAUUUUGAAAUGCAACAUCAGCCAUUCCUGAAUGAUUUCUCCCGUUCAUCUCAAGCUCAUAUCAGUAUUUCUCCCAGGAAUCUUUCUUUCCAUUCAAAAACCUUGAGCCCCUCAAAUCUAGAUGAGCUCUUCUCCGCUGAGGUCUCAUCUCCACGAUAUUCUGAUCAACAUGCGGCUUCCGCUGUUUUCUCUCCAUCACAUAAAUCGGCACUCAAUCAAUUUCAGCAACAGCAGAACAGCAUGUUAUCUCCAAUUAAAACUAAUGUGCUCCCUGCCCAGAAUAUUGAUCAUCCUCACUUGCAGGCUUCAUUUGGUGUUUCCUCUCCAGGGAUGAUUUCACCUUGGAGCAUUGAUCCUCUGUCCCCAAUGGGCUCUCGGGUAUCUGCAUUUUCUCAUCUCGAGAAGCAUCAGCUACAAUUGCGCAGCUUCAGCUCGCGGGAUCUUGGAUCCAACCUACCAUGUGAUCUGGGGUCUAACAGCCUUGUUGGCUCCCCCAGGCAUUCUUGGUCAAAAUGGGAGUCCCACAAUGGGAAAGUGGAUUGGUCUGUUCAAGGAGAUGAAUUAGCAGGGUUACGCAAGUCAUGUUCAAUUGGACGUAACAGAGAGAAGCCUGAUGUAUCAUGGGUUCAAUCUCUGGUUAAAGAAUUACCAUCUGAAAACACAGAAAAUGCCCUUGUUUCUGGCACAGCACUAUCUGUUGAGGGUUCUGAUUCUAAGCACCAGACUGAAUCCAGUGAUCAGACUGUUUCGGGACCAUGGCUCGAGCAGUUGCAAAUUGAUCAGAUUGCUGCUUAGUGAAAAUGAAAUCAUUUUUACUGAGCUUGAGGUAGUUAAAACUCGAUCAUUAAUUCUUUUAUUUGGUUGGUAACGUGGGAGGUAAGCAGGUUAUAGCAACAAUUGAAGGAAAAGGAAAGACAAAGUCAGGAUAAAUAUUAUUCGGUCACCAUUUAUUGUGAUUACAGAAGUCAUGAAGGGGUGAGAAUCCUUAAUCUGGGUUAUUUUGCGAAGACCAAGCCCUGGUUAAGUAAUUCUCUCCCCAUAUUUAUCAUAACCUAGGUCCUUUUUUUUUCCCUAAAAUUAUUUUGUUUUUAUAAAAGGUUACCUGUUUCAUUGGUAAGUGAAGCAUUGGGAUUGGUGUCCCCCCUUUUCUUUUAUUCCUUUUUUCAUACUGUAUUUUGUAAUGAGAUUGAGGGGGAAGGUAUUUUUUUUCUUUGCAUGAGAUUAUUUAUUCUGUAUCUAGGUCUGUUGGGAGACGAAAAAAAUACAAGGAAGAACAAAAAUAGUGUUGCUGAUGUGGUCCGUAUAUUGAUGAAUUAUUUUGGGAGAAGAUAGUGAGAGGAUGUAGGGCAUUUGGUUCUUUGAUGAUGUAACCUUAUAUUAUCACUUAUUAUCAUCAAAAUUGUAGUCUCAAUAUCGUAUUUUUCUUUUA